UGACGGGCAAGUCCAGUGAAGUGUGCACCCAUUUUUUUGUACCCAAUUGAGGGAAAAUGGCUAUGGAAGAAUUCAACACCUUCAUCAAAAGCCAAGUCGAUGACAUUGACUCAAUAGAAGCUUAUGUCAACAUCAAGCGGUUUGCCAAAAUCGCAGAAAAAAGGGUCCUGGACUACCUUGAGGAUGAAGUCGGCAUACUGGAUAAAUAUGCUAUAACCGAAAUUGCGUCUGAAUAUAAAAAAUCUGUGGACGUCAUCCAGGCUAUAGAUUUUAAGGAGGUCCAGCUUCUUCACAUCAUUGGACUCCAUUUCCAGCGACUCAAAGAAAAGCUCAAGGUUAUCGUCCAGGACUCAAACCAACGGAGGUGUCCAAAUAAACAAGGUGCAGACAGCUGUGGAUUAAUGGUGCAAACCUACACCAACUGUAAGACCUGCUCCGAGGAGAAGGUUGUCUGCGCCGGGGGCCCUCCAAAAAAUCAAGACUACUUGGAGAGAUGCAGCUGCCUGUGCACCUCCAACAGAUGUUUUGAUCUGAAAACUGGACGGUCCUGCUCUCCAUGUAAAGAUCACAAGUCUCACCUGGCAGAGACUGUAAACUGUGGAGAGAUAAAUAUAAAAAUCCCAGAAUAUGAAGAACUAAUUCUGGACUGUACUUUUGAAUGGUACGCGAGGCUGGAGGAAACCUAUAACAACGUGUUCACCCUGGUAAGUGCAAUGCAGAUUUCCAAGAAAAUAAGGGUAGAAUUGGGAGAUUGUUCAGUUUGA